AAUUUAUCUGCACCGGCAGCAUGUUUUGGCUCUACUUCCGGUUCCGGCCAUUUCCUUUGUAGCUGCAGAGGCAGAUAUGCAUCUGCAUACCAGUUCCUUUCUUCAACAUAGUGGGCUGUCUGCGUGACCUGCCUAACAGCAUCCAGUUUAGUCAGGAUGAUACCAGACGCUCAGAAGCAAUUCCUGGUGACUACAUCUUUGGUGUUUGCUGCUGUCAGUAUUGCAUCUUCAUGUCCAACAGUUUGCCGGUGUGGCACUGGCAUUUAUGACAUCACCAGUUAUCAUAUUCUGCCUGGUGCGGACUGCUCCAACGCUUCUCUGGACUCAAUUCCAGCAGGACUAGAAUCUACUACAAACAGCCUCAAUCUCACAAAAAACGCCAUUACUGUCUUACAUAACAAUGCUUUCAAUAUACUUGGAAUUACUAACCUGAAACUUCUGCUGUUGGAUAAUAAUAAUAUGAGUGUCAUUGAGAAAGAUGCAUUCCAAGGGUUGGCAAUACUCCAUUCAGUUUCAAUGAAAAACAAUGAAUUAAGUUCUAUUCAUCCUGAUGUUUUCACUUACACCCCUUUGCUAGGUACAGUGUAUUUGAAUCAGAAUCUUAUUAACAAUUUGCAUCCAGAUACCUUCAAGAAAAACACACUGCUAAGAAACUUAUACCUUACCAGGAACAGAAUAACAUCCAUAGACCCCUUUACAUUCAGAAAUAAUCCAAACUUAUGGAUACUGGAGCUCAGUUUCAACAAAAUUAAUUACUUCCCGCCUGAACUUAUUAACGGCAGCGAUGUAAGACACUUCGAUAUUAGUAAAAACAAUAUUGCCAGUUUGCAUCCAGAUACUUUCAGUAAAAACUCUGAAUUGCUACACCUUGACAUAAGCAGUAACAAAAUCUCCAAUCUCCACCCUGAUAUAUUCAAGGAAAACAAAGAGCUAAUCCACAUUGACAUAAGUAAUAACAACAUCAGUGGAACUGAUCGUAAAACUUUCAGAAACAACAAAAAUGUUCAAUAUUUGAAUCUGAAUGGCAAUAAAAUUGCUACAUUUCAUUUUGAUACUCUUAAGAAUGCAACAAAACUCAGAUUUCUAGAUUUGGGAUCAAAUGAUAUUGGUUAUUUUCAUUCUAGUACAUUUGCUUACAAUACUGAGUUAAGAUUCUUAGAUAUAAGUCACAACAGGUUAAUCUCUCUGACCCAUACAAUAUUCCAAAAUAAUUCAAACCUUGAAUACGUUGCAAUUAAAGGUAACUCUAUCACAUCCAUUGAUUCCGAAUUGUUCAGAAAUGCUACGAAUCUCAGAUACUUAGAUGCUAGCAUCAACAGACUAUCAUAUCUACUUAGGAAUACAUUUCUGACAAACUCUGAACUUAGAGAACUGAAUAUUAGUAACAAUGUCAUAACAUCCUUCCAUCCUGAUACACUGCGACUGGUUUCAAAACUUCAAACAUUUGAUCUCAGCUGGAAUGGAAUUAAGUACAUUCAACCUCAAACAUUUUUAAACAAUGUUCAUCUGAAAUUUCUGGAUGUGAGUCGGAAUCAAAUAAGUGACAUUGAUCCGCAUUUAUUCUUGCAAAAUCCAAGUAUAACUCAGUUCUGUGUAAAACACAACAAACUAAAUUUUGUUAAUGAUGAACCUAUUCUGAUUGCACCCAACUUAAAAUAUUUGGACUUAGGUUACUGUAACAUAAGUUACUUACCAAUCAAAGCAUUCCAGAACUUAACAAAUCUUAAGAAACUGUAUCUUAGCAACAACUGUCUGGUAAAACUUGAUGGCCUAAGAUAUGAACAAUCACUAAACACGCCCGUAACCCAGAAGAUAUUCUCAGGCCCCAUACAACUAGAAGAACUGGACUUGUCAAACAACCAGUUCGGAUCUCUUGACACAAAUUUGUUCGAUAAUCUUCAGAACUUGAGACGACUCGACAUAUCAGGCAACCCACUCGAAUGUAACUGUAACUUGCAAAAUCUCAGAUCAUGGUCCCUCAAGCAGCAUCUGGAGACAGGCAAUGUUUUGUGCAAUGAUAACGCAAAGUCUUCAUGGGAUAGAGUGGACUCUUUGGAGUGCACCUCUACCACCACCACAACAACCACCACCUCCUCAACUUCAAUCCCACAAGCAAGACAGAUGUCAACAAAGGCAGUGAAACAAUGGAUCCAACGAUCGCCUCCAACAAUAAAGUAUGUGACAGCUGUGAUUUGUACAGUAUUAGUGGUGGCAGUAAUUGUGCCAGUUUCCAUAUUUCUUUGGAGGUGCUACAAGUUAAAAAGAGUAUCAGGUCAGUCAGAACCAGCAUCUCAAGACAAUGCUUGUUUGAUACAGGAUGAUGACAACUUUAUCUGAACUAGUCCCAGAUGAGUUUCAGAAUCUCUGGUGAAUUGUUCUUUGACAGAACUGAAUAUAAUAUCUAUGCUAGUGUCAUAAUCAAAGUUUCAAUGCAAUGUAAUUAUAUAUAAACACAGCCUAAUAUGUA